AUGAUGAAAAAUACAAAACACGAAGAAAAAUCAGAAAUACCAACGGAUUCUUCUUCGGAUCGACUAAAUCUGAAGGGAGAUUGGUUAAACUUCUACUUUUUGAUAUUACUUUACACUUUCCAAGGUACUACUUCAGGUUUGUCCUACGCUUUUCCCAUAAUACUUCAAAAUACGAAACUUGUAACAUAUAACGAUCAAGCUAUAUUAAGUUUUGUACUAUGGCCUUUUAGCUUUAAACUCUUAUGGGCACCAGUCGUAGACGCAUUACAUUUUCAGUGGAUAGAACGUCGAAAAUCAUGGUACAUUCCUAUUCAAUUUUUAAUCGGUAUGUAG